AUGUUCAUAGUAUUUGUUGGUUCCUCUCGUUCUCAAAGCAAGGACUGGAAAUUUUGGGAGAAUAUGAGGUGUUUUCCAUUCUCCAAUGGUACUAAAAAUGAUGAACAAAAGACAUCGAAGUAUACUCCUGUUCCUUCAUCUACAUCAUCUGUAUUGACAGAUCCUGAUACGAAGAAAUCUGGAUCCGAGUACAACUCUCAGAACAUUUCCGAUAUAAGCACUGAAUCCUCGGUUAGGUUCUCGUUCAAAAGUUUGUCCCAAAGACCCAGCAAACUUAGGGUCUUCACAUUUGCAGAGCUGAAGACAGCUACCAAGAAUUUCAGCCGUACCCUUAUGAUUGGAGAAGGCGGAUUUGGACCUGGACACAAGGAAUGGGUGACAGAAGUAAACGUUCUUGGUAUUGUCGAGCAUCCAAAUCUUGUCAAACUCAUAGGCUACUGUGCUGAGGACGAUGAGAUAGGGAUGCAACGCCUUCUGAUCUACGAAUAUUUGUCUAAACGGAGCGUACAAGCCCAUUUAUCAAGUCGAUUUCAGGCAUCUCUGCCAUGGAUUACCAGAUUGAAAAUAGCCCAAGAUGCUGCAAGAGGCUUGGCAUAUCUUCAUGAAGGCAUGGAAUUUCAGAUUAUAUUUAGAGAUUUCAAAUCAUCUAAUAUUCUGUUGGAUGAUCAAUGGAAUGCAAAACUUUCAGACUUUGGAUUCGCAAGGUUGGGUCCUUUAGAUGGAAUAGGCUAUGUCUCCACAGCGGUUGUUGGAACGGUAGGAUAUGCUGCUCCAGAGUACAUACAAACAGGGCACCUUACAGUGAAGAGUGAUGUUUGGAGUUAUGGGGUCUUUUUGUAUGAACUCAUCAGCGGUCGACAGCCUCUGGAUAGAAAUCGACCUAAAAAUGAGCAAAAGCUAUUGGACUGGGCUAGGCCACACCUUGCUAACAGUAAAAGAUUCGAACAGAUUCUCGAUUCUCGACUAGACGGGAAAUAUUCCCUCAAGUCUGCUCAAAAGCUAGCCGCCAUUGCUAACAGGUGUCUGGUUCGACAUCCCAAGAAGCGGCCCCGAAUGAGCGAAGUUCUUGAGAUGGUGAACCAGAUUGUUGAGGGGAAUGACAAUCGAAGUCCUGAGGCUGCUAUAGAGAACUCCCCUCAAAGGGACAACGAGAAAUCUAUGGCACAAAGUUUAUUAAAGUGGAGAUUUGUUGAUCGUGUAAUUGGAGAGAACAAGUGGCUGUGCUGGAGGUCAUGGAGACCUAAGCCUGUUAGGACUAAUUGA